CAUACUGACAAUCAAACAUCAAUCCAUCUCCACGCCCUUGGUUUCUCCUCCUUCAGAUCCCUCUCUUCUUUUUCGCGUUCUGAAGCGAUUUCCAGACACUCUAUUUCUGUUUCUUGCUUUCUUGUUUGUUUGAUUGGUGGGCGUUACCAUGGCGGCGGAAGCUCAGACGGCGGUAGCUGAAGUAACAGCGGUGGCCGAAGUUCCUGUUACGGAUAAACCCACCGCUGAGAAAGAGGCGGCGCCGGUUCCGGAGCCUGAGCCGCAGAAGCCGGCGGCUGAGGAGCCGGUGGCUGAGGCUGAGAAACCGAAGCCGGAGGACGACGAGAAGAAGAUUGGCGAGUCGGCUUCUUUCAAGGAGGAGAGUAACGUGGUCGGCGAGCUGCCUGACCCUGAGAAGACGGCGCUUGAUGAGUUGAAGGCCCUGGUUCGGGAAGCUCUUAACAAGCACGAGUUCACCGCUCCGCCGCCGGCCAAAGAGGAAGGGAAGCCGGCAGAGCCGGCUGCGGUGGAGGAGGAAAAAACUCCUGAGGAGCCGAAGGCGGAGGAGAAAGCGGAAGCUCCCGCUUCUGAUGAACCAGCUCCGGCCGAUCCUGUGCCUCCUCCGGUGGCCGCCGAGACGAAGGAAAUAGAAGAGAAGGCUGUGGAGCCACCGCCCCCCCAGACAUCGGAGCCGGUGGUGGUUGCUGAAGUAGUGGAAAAAGUCACGGCCGUCGUCGAAGAAGACGGCUCCAAGACUGUGGAAGCAAUCAAAGAAACGAUCGUCGCCGUCGCGACCCUCGAAGAGCCCGCCCCAACCACAGAAGCUCCUCCAUCGGAGCCCAAAGAAGAACCGGCGGAAACCCCGGCGCCGCCUCCGCCGGCACCGGAGGAGGUCUCGAUCUGGGGAAUCCCCCUUCUUGCCGACGAGCGAAGCGACGUCGUACUCCUCAAGUUCCUCCGGGCGAGAGACUUCAAGGUCAAGGAGGCCUUCGUCAUGCUCAAGAACACCGUCCGGUGGCGCAAAGACUUUGGAAUCGAAUCCCUCCUGGACGAAGACCUCGGCUCAGCCGAUCUCGACAAGGUGGUCUUCAUGGACGGAGUCGACAAAGAAGGCCACCCCGUCUGCUACAACGCCUUCGGCGAAUUCCAGAACAAGGAACUCUACCAGAACACGUUUUCCGACGAGGAGAAGCGGCAGAAGUUUCUCCGCUGGCGGAUUCAGUUCCUGGAGAAGAGUAUCCGGAAGCUCGACUUCACGCCCGAUGGCAUAAACACUAUUGUUCAGGUGAACGAUCUCAAGAACUCGCCUGGCCCCUUCAAGAGGGAACUCCGUUUGGCCACCAACCAAGCGCUGCAGUUGCUUCAGGAUAAUUACCCUGAAUUUGUCGCCAAACAGGUGUUCAUCAAUGUUCCAUGGUGGUACCUUGCCUUCUACCGGAUGAUCAGUCCUUUCUUCACCCAGAGGACCAAGAGCAAGUUCGUUUUUGCAGGCCCUUCAAAAUCCGCCGAAGCGCUCUUCAAAUACAUAGCACCUGAACAAGUACCAGUUCAGUACGGCGGCCUUAGCCGCCACGGCGAGCAAGAAUUCACCGCCGCCGACCCUGUCACGGAGGAUAUCAUCAAGCCUGCAAGCAAGCACACCCUUGAAUUCCCAGUUUCUGAGGCUUGCAGUUUGGCCUGGGAGGUGAGAGUGGUAGGCUGGGACGUGACCUACGGAGCCGAAUUCCAACCCAGCGCCGAGGGCGGAUACACAGUAAUUGUACAGAAGUCGAGGAAGAUCACUCCGGCAGACGAAACGGUGAUCUCCGGCAGCUUCAAGAUCGGCGAGCCGGGCAAGGUUGUGCUGACCUUUGAUAACCAGACCUCGAAGAAGAAGAAGCUGCUCUACAGGUCCAAGACCAAGACCUCUGAUUGAACUCUCUGAUGGCUUUGCUGGGGUUAAUUAGUUCAAGAAGAAGCUGGUUCUGUUGUUCCCAAAGGUUCCUCUUUUUUUUUUUUUGUUUAAUCUCUCCUUGACUGGUUCAAAUUGAUUCAGAUUUUUGAUUUUUUUUUUCCUUAAGGUGUGGGGGAUUUGUUAUAUAUAUAUAUAUAAGUUGAAUGCUUUUGGGGUAUGGUUUGGCUUACAUUGAGCAUCAUCAGAUGAAAGCAUUCUGGAGGAGAAGAUGAAAGGUUUGGGGAUGGAUGGUAGGGAAAACAGAAGCUUGGCUACAGUUGUUUAUCCUCUUUUUGCUUGUAAAAUUUGUGUAAAUUUGUCAUUGUGUCUCCUCUCUGUGGAUGUUAAUGUCAUUUAAUAAUUUAUACAUUUCAUUCUGUUUUGCCUUAA